GCGUAUACAGAAUUAUAUCCUAUUCAUAAUUUUUUGAAUGAAAAAAUUUUAUUUUCUUGCAUCUGGCAGCACUGCCUUGCUAUUGUUGCAAACAUUUGCACUGAUUUGGGCAUUUGGGUAAUGACCUUGACUAUUCACAAAAAGCAUCGUAUGGGCUAUUCUAUUUUGUGCACAUAUCCUAUUCUCUACUAGUAAAUAAUUAUGGUUUGUCCGGUUUUUACAAUGGUUUUAAUUUAUAUAAAUUUUAAUCUAAUUUUUUUUGUAUCUGUCCUAUAAGAUGACCCUGGAUUUUGGGGGCCUUCUUUUGAUUCAUCUUAUCUGCAGAAAUUUACAGUAUUUAACUUUGUUCAUCUAUCAGAAUUAUCUUUCAAAACUUACAGUAAUUUCAUAAACAUUAGGAAGCACAGUAUUUUGCUGAUAUCAUUAAGCGUAUGCCAAUUAAUUUAUAGUUUGUCAUCUGUUUGAAUGGUCUUGAUAUACUGUAUUUCAAAAAACUGGUUAUUUAAUUUUAAUUAUAUCCGACUCACCAAAUAAACCAUAUCCAGUUCAUAAGCCAGCAGAAAAAUUCUUUCUACGAAUGUUUUCGUCUAUAUGUAAUAGACAUCCUCAGGUAUUGACGAUAUUGAACUAACGGCUAGUCGAAUAGAACGUUUUUGAAAGUUGCAUUUAACGACGUAAUUCGAAUAUGAUGUGUUAAAAUUAAAAUAUGUAAAAUAUUUAAAACAUAUCCGAAUAAAUAAUCAAUUGAUUUCACGUAGAUCAUGACGUAAAUAUCCUUCGUAAUUUAAAAUAUCUUCAAUGCACGUUUUAAUCAUUGGGAUUUUGGUCUUGAUUUUGGAAGAAAUAGUAGUUUGUCAUCAGUCAUUUAAAAUUUAUUUUGCAUUCAAUUGUUCAACAACAUUUGUAAUCUCAGCUUCUUGAAUGAUAAUUAUCUUGCAAAUUAUUGUCUAUAUUUGAUCACUCAAAGUUUCUGUAAACAAUUUUUCAAAUAAAUAAGACCUACUUGAACCUUUAACCGAUGUGUAUAGAAAUUAAUCUUUCCAAUACGAACGUUUUCUUAACCCCUUCUGGGCUCUUCUUCAGGUAUAGCUGGAUUGAACAUCAAACGAAAAAUUUGAAUACAUCCGAACGCUGCUGAGAUAAAGCCAGAAUAUUAGUGAUUAUGAAGCGGGAAACUUAUGAGAGGGGCCUUUCUGAGUACCUAGAAGCAACAAGAUGCAAUGAAGUUGAAAAUAAUAUGAUUGAUAAGUUACAGUCAAGAGUUAAAAGGUUCGCUUCUACGAAGUUGGCUACCAGGUUAAAUAUGAAGAACAUUAUAAUGGAUGCGCCUAAUGCCCCUAAAUUAUUUGCCUUUGCCAAAACACAUAAAGAAGGGCAACAGUUAUGCCCUGUGGUGGAUAAGGUCAAAGCUCCCACACGAAAACUUGAAGAAGAGGUACAUAACAUCCUUACUCCACAUGUUGAAGGCUACCAAUUUUCCAUCACCAACACAGUGGAUUUAAUAGAGCAAUUCAGGGUAAUCACAUCCCCGUCUUGUAUCACAGUAUUGGAUUUUAGAUCCUUAUACCCUUCGAUUGAAAUUCCUCCAUGCUUCUGCGCUCUAAGGGACUUUCUCUUUAAAAAAGUGGACACCAAUGAACUUCACCAUCAAGUACUAGAAUUGGCCGAUUUAAUUUGUUACAACUCCGUUUUUCAAUUUAGAGGGGUGAUGUACUCGCAAACAAGAGGUGUCCCCAUGGGCAGUUCUGUCUCCGGGGAUUUAUGUGAACUAGUUAUUAGGCAAUUGGAGAACAGGACACUGCCUAAUUUCCUCCAAGACAUUAUCCUUUAUAAAAGGUAUGUCGAUGACAUCAUUAUCUUAUGGAGGACAACUCCCAACCUAACCCGCUUUCUAGAAGAAAUGAAUGAGAACCCAUAUGGAUUGUCACUAGAGAUUGAACAACAUAGUAACAGCAGAAUCCAUUUCCGGAAUUUGGAUAUAAGUUUUGAGGAUUCCAUCAUACGCACAUCUGUUUACCGCAAACUGUCUAAUCUAUCGGCGUACAUACCGUUUAACUCGUGAUCCCGUUCAAUACAAGAUGGCGGCCUUCAGGGCAUUGGUUAAACGGGCUUACACGCACUCUUCUACCCAACAGGCGCUAACGGAGGAGUUAAAAUACUUGGAAGGCAUUGCUAGAGCCCAUGGUUACCGCAAUAUUAUACAUAAAAUCUCGGAGGGCUAUAAACAACCACAGGCUUCUUCCAACACUACAAUGACCACGCCAAAUACUAGCAAGACGAUGGAAAAUGAAAGGAUACCUAUCAGGUUCAACCCUUUAAGACUGGUAUACAUGGUAAGGAAAUCCUCAAAGGAUGUGCUUAACAGACGAAAAAAACUCGGAUAUAACUGGCUGGAUCAAACAUAGUAAUUUACAAAACUUAUUAAAAUAUCUCCCAACGUAUAAAGAAUUAUUUUUAUUUAAAAAUGGAUAGAUAGAAAAAAAAAUCACGGUUAAUCCUCAAAGGACUUCCUUACCGUGUAUAACAGCCUUUAUUGAGGUCUUUAUACAACACCAUCGCAAAAGAACGAAAAGUUGCCCUGACAUACAGAAGAUGCAGCACCUUGUUCGAUAUCCUGCACAACGAAAAGGACCAAUCCAGGGUGGAGAAACUAUCAGGCGUCUACACAAUCCCGCUAAGAGAUAACCGGUUUAACAGGGAUCCAGUAUAUGUAGGAUCGACUAAACGUUCGUUAGGGGUUAGG